AGCCAUGGGGAGCGGGGCCAGUGCCGAGGACAAGGAGAUGGCCAAGAGGUCCAAGGAGCUGGAGAAGAAGCUCCAGGAGGAUGCGGAUAAGGAGGCCAAGACAGUCAAGCUGCUGCUGCUUGGGGCUGGAGAGUCAGGGAAGAGCACCAUCGUGAAGCAGAUGAAGAUCAUCCACCAGGACGGUUACACGGAGGAGGAGUGCAUGGAGUUCAAGUCCAUUAUCUACGGGAACAUCCUGCAGUCCAUCCUGGCCAUCAUCCGCGCCAUGUCCACGCUGGGCAUCGACUACGCCGAGUCCUCCUGCGCGGAUGAAGGCCGGCUGCUCUUCAACCUGGCUGACUCCAUUGAGGAGGGCACGAUGCCCCCAGAGCUGGUGUCCUGCAUCAAGAAGCUGUGGAAGGACGGGGGGGUUCAGGCGUGCUUUGACCGCGCUGCCGAGUAUCAGCUCAACGACUCAGCUGCAUAUUACCUGAACCAGCUGGACAGGAUCACAGCCCCCAACUACCUCCCCAACGAGCAGGAUGUGUUGCGAUCCCGAGUGAAGACCACAGGGAUCAUCGAGACCAAGUUCUCUGUCAAAGACCUGAAUUUCAGGAUGUUCGACGUGGGAGGGCAGCGCUCAGAGAGGAAGAAGUGGAUCCACUGCUUCGAGGGGGUGACCUGCAUCAUCUUCUGUGGGGCCCUGAGCGCCUACGACAUGGUGCUGGUGGAGGAUGACGAAGUGAACCGGAUGCAUGAGUCCCUGCACCUAUUCAACAGUAUAUGCAACCACAAGUUCUUUGCCGCCACCUCCAUCAUCCUCUUCCUCAACAAGAAGGACCUUUUUGAGGAAAAGAUCAAGAAAGUCCAUCUCAGCAUCUGCUUCCCAGAGUAUGAUGGUCCAAACACAUUUGAGGACGCAGGGAAUUACAUCAAGACCCAGUUCCUGGAUCUCAACAUGAGGAAGGACGUGAAGGAGAUCUACAGCCACAUGACCUGUGCCACAGACACACAGAACGUCAAGUUCGUCUUCGACGCCGUCACAGACGUGAUCAUCAAAGAGAACCUCAAGGACUGCGGCCUCUUCUGAGCACCAGCAGAAGAAGAAAACAUUCCCAUCUCACCGUUCUGCUGAGCAGAGCCAAAGGAAGAACCAACCCUCACCACACAUCAC